AUGAUCAGGAGACUGAGAGUAUUUCUGAAGGUAUUUGAUAACAAAGGGCAUAAACUUACACCACACGAACUACAGCUUGUAGUGGAGGCUUAUGUAUAUUUAAAUGAUCAGGAGACUGCGAGUAUUUCUGAAAUCAAAGAAGUUAAAAUUGAAUUGGAUAAGUAUAAUGAAGAUUUUAAUGAGUUGGAAGAGUCCAAAUUUGGGGAAGGUUGGGAAGAUGCAAUUGAUAUGAUAUUUGGAAAACAUAAAUUGAGACUCCUAUUAUUUGGACCUACUAAUGAUCCUCUAAUCAAUGGUGAACUAUUUUUGAUCAAUACUAUCGAUGAUUAUGUUUAUGAGCAUACCGCAAAUAUGCUCUAUGACACCACCCACAAUUUGGAGAAACCUUUACCUUGUGACAGGUUAAUAGAGUUGAAUGAGAUCAGGUGUCAAAAAGUGAAGAAAAAAUUAUGGACCACAAAAUAUGAUGUCGCACUUACCCAUAAAUCAAAGAUGAAGGUGUUUCAUGAUACCAAACAUCGAGUCAAGAAGUCUAGUAAUACAAAUUAUGUUUGGUUGUUCAAAUCAAGGUUUAAGCGUCAUCAUGGAAAGAUUAACGAAAAAAUGGUUUAUUUAUACAAGGUAAAAGAAUGCAUUCCACAUGAUCUGAUUCGUCAAAGUACGGUGAACGACCUCAUGGAUGACUUUCAAGGAAGUCCACUAACAUAUGGUCCUCCAUAG